AUGGCUGAGCUGCGUGGUGACAGUGGUGCUGUUGUAAAGGACGGGGUAACCUCUUCGGGAGAAACACAAGAAUGUGAGACUGUGAACUCUUGUCAAGCGGACGACGUGGACCAGCAACAAACCACCAAUGCUGUAGAGGAGCCGCUGGAUCUCAGGCUCAGCCUGGAUGAAUGAAUUCAUGUGAAAAUGAGAAACGACUGAGAGCUUCGAGGCAGGUUGUAUGCUUAUGAUCAGCAUUUAAAUAUGAUACUGGGAGAUGUGGCAGAAACAGUGACUACCUUAGAAAUUGAUGAAGAAACAUGUGAAGAGAUAUAUAAAUCAACGAAACGGAACAUCCCAAUGCCCUUUGUCCAGGGAGACAGUGUCCUGCUGGCUGCCUCUCCCCUGGGAGUCAGCUGA